CUUUUUAAAGUUUGGGUCUAGGAAAAAGAAUGUAACCAUCUUCUCUCCUUUAAUGCCACUUUAUUCGUCCAAUACAUAAAUUCUUCAUUGCUAAGCAACUGUCGAUGAAUUUAUACAUGAAGCUCCGAUUUCGACGACAAAGGGCAGUCCAGUUUGAAGAUCUAAUGCAGAGCAUGGGAGAUUAUCAACCAUGGAAAAAAAAACAGCUCUCUCUCUCUAACUGUUUGAUUGCAAUGGUAUGAGGGAAAAGGUGGAGGUUGUCUAUAUGGAGGAUAGAUUGCUAUGCUUGUGAUGGUAUGAGGCAUAGCACUGCCCUUCCAACUCCUCUCCGAUGUCACAUUGGGUGACCUCCAUAAAAAUCAUAUUUGCGGCUUCGGUAAUCGCGAUCAGCUUCUUGAAAAGCUAUUCUGAGGUUAAGAUGACAGAUGUGGUGCUUCAGAUUGGCAAUAUGAAUAAUGUUGAAGUGAAAAAGAAGAGUGCGAAGAAGGAUGUGAUUCAAUUUGAUAACAAGGAUAAAGUGGAGAAGAAGAAGAAUAGUGAGAAGACCAAGGUGAUAGAAUUUGAGAAACAGAAGAAGAAGAAGAGUAAGAAGCAUGAGAUAAUUGAUUUGAGGAGUGUAAUCCUCAACUGGUCAUUUUCGGACAUCAUGAAUGAGUAUCUCUAUAAGGACCAGGUCACAGAUAUUCCACAGAGAUUCUCAUCACCGGACCAUUAUUUUGGUUCCUUUGUUUUCCCAUUGCUAGAAGAAAUACGAGCUCAACUGAAUCAGUCUUUUCAAACCAUUUCCAAAGCUCCAUGGACUCUGGUUUUAGAGAGAUGGGGGAAGUCGACCUACAUUUUAAGCACCAACAGCGGAGAAAGCUUCGGAAAUGGCUACAAACCACAUUGUGGGGAUGUCAUUCUUUUAUCAACAACGAAACCCAACUCCAUUGAAGACUUAUUCAGAGCUGAUUCAUACCACGGCUUGGGUGUCAUCUCUGUGGUUGACGACAAUCGUUCUUCUGAUUGCAAAGUAAUUCUCUUCACGAUGAAGAAGAGGCUUUUGGAUGUUCCUCCAUUUGAUGCUGGUUGUGUAGCGAUGUUCCUGAUGACUCUGACACCGAAUUUGCGAAUUUGGAAAUCAUUGCAUAGGAUCGGAGCAAAAGAAGAAGCUCUUGGAAUUUUCGGCGAGCUUUUGUGUUCUUCUAGCGAUUCGGGGAAGACAACUUGUGAUUCAUGCUCUCGAGGAGUUCUUGAUAAGAACCUGAAAUCAACUUUUAAUUCAUUUGGAUUGAAUGACUCACAAACUAAAGCUGUUUACUCUGCUUCAUCUUCAAUUCGAUGCAACCACACAUAUUCUGUAAAACUCAUCUGGGGUCCUCCAGGCACAGGAAAGACUAGAACAAUCUGUUCAAUUCUUUGGGUAGCUUUGCAUAUGAAUUGUGCGACUCUUACCUGUGCUCCAACUAAUGUAGCAAUCCAUGAAAUUGGUAGCCGUAUAGUGGAUUUAGUAAAAAUAUCGCUUAAAGCAAUCCAUGGAGCUUCAUCUUUUGGGUUUCCGUUAGGAGAUAUUUUAUUGAUUGGAAAUGAGCAAAGACUAGGUGUUGAUAAUCAAAUUGGUGAUAUCUAUAUCGAUUACCGGAUUCGUGCACUUGCAGAAUGCUUUGGCCCUUCUGGUUGGAAGAAAAAGAUAUCAUCAGCAAUUGAAAAUUUUCAGUCUUAUGUCGAUGAAUACGAUCCUUCUUUGGGAAUGAGAUCUAAAAAGAAAAGGCAAAAGUUUGUUGGGGCUUUCAGGGAGAAGUUCGCUAAACUGGUUUUGCCAAUGAAUGACUGUAUUAGUGCUUUUUGGACUCACUUGCCCCUAACCUUUUUGAAUCAAAAUGAAUUUGGUGACAGCUUGCGUAAACUUGGGAAGCUUCAUGACUCUUUCCUUAGUUUAUCAAAGACUGCCGAACUCAAUGGCAUAAAACUGAAGAAAUUCAUGGGAUGCCUAUGUAUUAACCAAGAAAUGGAUUUGGUGAGUUCAUUAUCUGGGGAAAAAAAAGGUGAUAUCGAGGUUAGCAUGGAAGAAAUUCUAUUCAUGUUAUCAAAGGAAGCCCUCCAAGUCCUCCAAGCACUGCAUAAUAGCCUCAAUACAAGUCUACCUAAGAAUCUGAAAGGUGACACGCUAAAGAAAUUCAUCUUGAAGCAGGCUUCCUUAGUUUUGUGCACAACAUCAGGGUCUUCUACUUUAACCUACGGGAUAAUGAAGAAAGAUUUCCACCUGUUAAUUGUAGAUGAGGCUUCACAACUAAAGGAAGCCGAAUCCAUCAUUCCUUUACACCUUCACCGACUGAGACACGCCAUCUUCAUAGGUGACGAGCGCCAAUUACCUGCCUUGAUUAUUAGUAAGGCUUCAGAGAGAGCUGGGUUUGGGAAGAGUUUAUUUGAACGGCUGCGGUCUCUGGAUAGCGUGACCCAUCUUCUUAACGAGCAAUAUCGGAUGCACCCUUCAAUAAGUUGCUUCCCAAAUACCACAUUUUAUGACCGGCUGAUUUCAGAUGGGCCUAAUGUGAAAAGCAGUUCUUAUGCAAAGCGCUACCUCUCCAACCGCAUAUAUGGCACAUAUGCAUUCAUCAAUGUUGCUGAUGGGAGAGAGGAAAAGGAGAGUUCAGGGAAAAGUUUGAAGAAUUUGGUGGAGGCAGAUAUUGUCAUGAUUAUAGUGAAGAAGCUUUUCAAAGCUUGGCUUGCUAAGAAGGGCACCCCCUUGAGUGUUGGAAUAGUCUCUCCAUAUAAUGCUCAGGUUGAAACAAUUCAGAAGCUACAAAAGAAAUGUCAGUUCCCUGACAAUUUCUCUGUGAGGGUGAAGUCCAUUGAUGGAUUUCAGGGAAGUGAGGAAGAUAUUAUUAUACUUUCUACUGUUAGAGCAAAUCAAUUGGGGUCUAUCGGUUUCCUCUCCGAUCUCAACAGAACUAACGUCGCUUUGACAAGGGCAAGAUAUAGCCUCUGGAUUGUAGGCAGUGGGCCGACUUUAAUUAAAAGUGGUAGUAUUUGGGCAAAAUUGGUUUUUGAUGCAAUGGAGAGAGGCUGCUUCUAUGAAGUCAAUGAGGACCCUGAUUUGGUUAAAUCCGUCGUGAAUUUUCCGGGCAAGAAUCGUAUGGCAAAAUCUUCGAAUGUGCAGGCAGUGGACUCAGCUAAUGAAUUAUGGCGCCAUUUUGCUGAGCUCGGUCUCUGAUCCAAGUGUACCAUGUUUCUAUUUUCCUAAUUCUCAUCUGGUUAGGGAAAAAAAUGGCCUUGCACAAUACAAUUCCUUAACUUAUUCAUUAUGGUUUUGGCCCUUAUGUGCUUUUAGGGAGGGUUUAUGUGGUUUCUUUGCUCCUAGGAAGGAAUGAGAAGUUGGGAUUAUGGUUUUCUAGAGGAUGUAAUUUUCCCGGCUUGUAUUGUAUAUCCUUGUAUGCGCAGGCAUUGGUGAAUUGAUUUAUCAUAGUCAAUAAUAUCCAAGCAAAAUUUAAAUUUCCCAA